AUGUUGCCUAAAGAUUAUGGACAAAAUUUGUCUCAAGAUACUUCUUGUGGAAAUGAUAUCUCCAAUUCUCAUCCAUUUGAUGUGAACAAACCAAGUAUUUUAGAUGGUCAUGUUAAUGUAACCUAUGAGCACCGUUUUUCACACUUAAUCAGUAGUGGAAUUACCUCAAAGGUUCCAGAUGUGGAAGACAAUUCCAAUAAUAGAGUUGUAAAACAAUCAAUUGGUAAUCUGUUAUGGAUGUUGACAAUGCUGCAAAUAAUAACAGCAAUAUCUGUAAUAUCAGAGAAUACCUUCAAAAAAAAGAAAACUGAUUACCAACUUGCAUUUCAUAUAUGCACCUUUUUGUUAGGCAUGUUAUGUGUAGAAAGGUUUGGGCCUGAAAUGCACACUCUAUAUUUGCAUGAAUUGAUGUAUCAUCUUACAAAGCAAUUAGAAAAACGUAGGCUAACUCUUUCCGGAACUGAUAAAUUUGAAGGGUUUUUCGCACCAUUGAAAAAGCAAUACCAAAAAGGGUGUAGAAAAGAUGAGGCUGAUCGUCAUGUUACUAUCAAACGAAAUGGUCAAUCUCAGCUUGGAUUAUUGCUUCCACAAUUUGUAAAAAGUAACAAUAAUUCCAAAAUUUCAGAGUGGCUGGAAACUUUUGAACUGAAAAAUAUUUUCAUACCAAAAGAGUUAAUAGUAUCAUCUGAUAUUCAUAAGAAGAGCUUUGAAGCUAAAUUGAAAGAGCUAUAUCAGGAUGCACAUAUUUGCACUUACCAUAAGAAGAGCAAAUUGUACUCUAAGAAUGCAAAUCUAAAUAUUGACACUCAAAAUCCUCAGAGAAAAACAGCUGUAAAAUCUAAAGCUCCACAAGGAUCGAAAAGUAUAGUACGACCUGUGUUUGGGGAGGUUCAAUUCAUAAAUGCAACAGUUGAAAGGAAUAACCAACACUAUCUCCCAACAGGUUCUACUUUGACAUGGGUGCCAGAAUAUGGUAAUAAUAUCAAUAAUUCGACAACAAAUCCACUGGCCAAAAUUAAUCCUCCAUCAAAAAUUGCUCACUUCACACAAAAUCAAAGACUAGAUAAUCAACAACCAAAAGACUCUCUUACACAAACAUCAGUGUACAAUAUUGGAACACAAAAUGUCAACCCAAUAACUCGAUCAUUCUCUCAACAAGUAGAGGAUCAAUCAUCUCAACAAAUAAUUAGAAAUGGAGAAUCAGUAAUAUCGGAGAGAAUUGCUAGUUCAAGACCAUCAUCACAAUAUUCUCUAUCUAACCCACCUUAUACCACAAUAAUGGGACAAAGAUGUAGCUCGGACAUAACACAACUAAUUGCAAUUCCAUGUCAGUCCUUUGACAAUAUUACAACCUCGAAAAGAAUUGUAAAUAAUUCAAGAUCCAACACACUCAAACAAUUCAAUACCGGAAUGACAAGACAAGGUGAGAAUUCAAUAACUCAAUUGUACUCUCAACCAACAAGAAAUCAGUUCUCAUCUCAAUUACUAUUGGAUCAAGUGUCACCAUCGCUGCUCCAACCACAAACAGUUAAAAAAUCUUACUAUCCAUUCGAAGAAAGUAAUUGUCAACAAUUUGUCAGCCCUGGAAUAUUACAUCCAUUCAGUGGAAUUACAGAAUGUGCAUCAUAUUCAAUGCAACUUCCAGAGUGUACAUUCAGCAGUGAAACGACACUACAAACUCUCUCUCAGUCAAUAGAAAAUCAAUCAUCAUCUCAGCUAAUGGGCAGUAAUCCGAGAACAACAUUACACUCAAGCCAUGAAAUUUCGGAAAAUGCACAACAUUCAUCAAAGAGUUGUAACAUCAAUCGUAUUGCCACAAGCCUAUCCCGUUUGUCAUCAACUCACAAUCGUGUAGAACCAUAUCCAAGGAACCCACAACAAAACCGAAUCGGAGCGCAAAGCCAAUUCCAACAAAAUUGUUUUGAAUUUUCUAUGAAUACACCUUCUACGAAUACUACGAACAAAUGUAAGAGAAAAGAGAACUAUACCUCUGCUAAAAAGAACAAAUAA